AACCCCCACAGUUCCUCUUACGCCUGCGCAACAAACCCACUCUCCUCGCGCACCAUCUAUAUCGCCCCCACCAUGUCUGCCUCCGUCAAGCACUGGUUUGCAUUCAUCGAGCACAGGCCUGCCGGAUGCGACAAUACCACGUACCUUGGUACUAGAAAAGGCCAUAGCGGAUACGUUGAAGGAGCUCCCACAGAUCCACAAAUCAGCCUUCGCGCAGGCUUCAAAGACAAUAGAUGAGCAAACGCUGCUCUCCAGGGUGCAAAUUUACGAUAAGACGCACAAAGAACAUUCGUCUUUCAGGCUCCAGGCUGAGCGUCUUUCCAAAUUUCUACAUCUUCUCAACACAUUCAUGGGAGGUGUAGCUAUAGGUAUUCAGGCGAGUCCUGAAAUAUCGUCUCUGGUAGUUGGCUCUAUCAGGGUUGUCAUCGACCUCGCCAUCAAGUUCACAACGUAUUUCAGCAAGCUGACGGACAUGAUUUGCACUUUCCAAGACUACCUCGGCCCUCUCGCGGAAUAUGCAAAAGCCGCAGAUAUCAAUUUGGUAGAAGAUACGGUGGUCAAUGCUUACAAAAGGUUGCUCUGCUUUGGCUGGAAGGCGCGCCACGUAUUCAUUGAUGCCAACGACAACCAGCGGAAGUGGACAUCUUUUAGAACAUUCAUGCGCCAACACUGGGAGCCGUUUGAGUUUGAGUUUGGCACUAUCAAAGAAAUAUUUCAGCACGACCUCGACGUACUGCUGCACUCUGUCCAGUCGCUACACUUUGACCUUGCUAGAAAGGACGAGCAAGCGAGGCGGCGUAGAGAAGAAGCAAAGGAAAGAUUGGAAUUUCUCAACUGGGUUUCCAGCAUUGACUUUGAGAAAACCCACCAGGAUACUUUUGCAAAGAAGCACAACAAGACAGGUGACUGGCUCAUCAAUCAUCCGGAUUAUCAGCAGUGGUUCUCCGGCCAGGGCUCAUCCCUUCUCUGGUGCCAUGGGAAACCGGGAAUUGGUAAGACCGUACUUGCGUCAAACAUUAUAGAAGACAUUACGGCAAAGGUUGGACUGGGAGUGGACGCUUUUGUCUGCUUCGCUUACUACAAUUACCAGAACGCGCAGCUGAGGGCUCUUCAUCAGAUUGUAGCUGCACUGAUCAAGCAGUUAUGUCGAAGAAAACCUAAUUGGCCCUCUGACUUGCUCCAAACCAAACGGGACGCCUUGCCUUCUUCUCUGGUAGGCACACAGGAUAGAUUCAUUUCUCUCAUCGAAGACUUGUCUCAGGUAUACGUGGUGUUUGAUGCUCUAGACGAAUGCCCGGAGCAAGAGAGAGGGGAUAUUCUUGGGUUCAUGACCGGCAUAGUGACUGCACAAAUUGGAUGCCGGGUCAAGGUGUUCGUCACAAGCCGACGCGAAAUGGACAUCGCCAAGGCCUUUAGCGACAAAAACGUACCCACGAUUCAGAUUCAGACCAAGAAUGUCACCGCCGACAUUGAGUCUUUCGCUCGCAGUCAGGUUGAGAGACUUCAAGCUGGGGAGCAUGGAAAGACACUCUACAUUACAAACGAUGAGCUGAAGGAAAAGAUCAUUGGAACACUCGCUACCAAGGCAGACGGCAUGUUUCUUUGGGUCAAGCUUCAGCUGGACAGUCUCUGUCUAGCUAGUAAGGCCCAAAAGGAUCGAGUGGUGGAAGCUGCGCUGAGUGCACUACCCCAAGGCUUGCCAGGUACCUACGUUCGGAUAAUGGAGCGCAUUGAAGCCCAGUCACCGUACAUGAGGGAAUUGGCACUCAACUGCCUAGUUUGGACCAUCUAUGCUCGGAGGCCUCUCAGCACUGUGGAACUACAAGAAGCGCUUGCGGUCAACUCGAAUUGCGAAUCCAUUCAGCAUUUGCAGCCCGACUCACCCCAAGUGAUUCUUGAGGCUUGUUGUAAUCUCCUCCAAGAGACCAAUGGCUCCAUUCGGCCGAUUCACUACACAGUGCAGGAGUUUUUGACACGCACCGUUCAAGGGCUACCGCAAAAAACCAUGCAAACCCUGCUUCAAGAACGGAAAUCCAUGCACAGAAUAAUCGGCUUAGGAUGUCUUGUGUACGCUCGGCUAGUCGCAUUCGAGAAACCAGUUGAAGAGGGAGUGUCUCUACGACGACGACUGCAUGCUUAUCCCCUGGUCGCAUAUGCAUGCCAAAACUUCGACUAUCAUGUCUUUCAAUGUGGAGAACCAGGUCAAGAUAUUUUCGAUGAACUCGAGUCGCUUUUCCGACAAGAUAGUGCAUAUCUUGCAGCCAUUCUGCAAAUCAAGGUGUGGCUAAAUGGCUAUACCCACCGAGCAAUGCUUGGCCGCUUCAACCGCAUGGACUUUGUUGUCACUCCCAGUACGAUAAUUUACAGCACAUUUCUCUAUUGUAUUCCUACCAUGAAGCAAAAAUGCCUCGGCCAGCCGCCCCCAACAUAUGCACUACAAUUAGCAGCUUCUACGGGGCUUGCAAGCGGAGUGAUCGGACUCCUUCAGGCAGGAUGCCCUGCCAACGGGAAAGACAACAUUGGAAAAACAGCAUUAUACUAUGCGUGCCUCAAUGGUUAUGCAGAAAUCGUUGAGGCUCUAUUUGACAACGGCGCCGACGUUAACGCACCGGGUGAACACUACGGGACCGCACUACAACUAGCUUCACGAGGAGGCUAUGACCAUAUAGUUAGGAUGCUAAUUAAUGAAGGCGCUGACGUUAAUGCA